AUGCAAGCUCACAGGUUCACCAAGAAGAGCGCAAUGAGGCCGAACAAAAACACAGCAACCCCACAGAGAGAUCUGCAGGCAGCCGGCCCCGGCCCUGGCACUCGCUCACCCGGCCCCAAGCACAGCCAGCCCCGGCCCUGGCACUCGCUCAGCCUGCCCCGAGCACAGCCAGUCCUGACCCUGGCACUCGCUCAGCCGACCCCGAGCACAGCCAGUCCUGACCCUGGCACUCGCUCAGCCGACCCUGAGCACAGCCAGCUGCGGCCCUGGCACUCACUCAGCCGGCCCCGAGCACAGCCGGCCCCGGCCCUGGCACUCGCUCAGCUGCCAGUCCUGACCCUGGCACUCGCUCAGCCGACCCCGAGCACAGCCAGCCGUGGCCCUGGCACUCACUCAGCCGGCCCCGAGCGCAGCCAGCCCCGGAUCUGGCACUCGCUCACCCGGCCCCGAGCACAGCCAGCCCCGGCCCUGGCACUCGCUCAGCCUGCCCCGAGCACAGCCAGUCCUGACCCUGGCACUCGCUCAGCCGACCCUGAGCACAGCCAGCUGCGGCCCUGGCACUCACUCAGCUGGCCCCGAGCACAGCCGGCCCCUGCCCUGGCACUCGCUCAGCCGGCCCCGAGCACAGCCAGCCCCGGCCCUGGCACUCACUCAGCCGACCCUGAGCACAGCCAGCCCUGGCCCUGGCACUCGCUCAGCCGGCCCCGAGCACAGCCAGCCCCGGCCCUGGCACUCGCUCAGCCGGCCCCGAGCACAGCCAGCCCCGGCCCUGGCACUCGCUCAGCCAGCCCCGAGCACAGCCAGCCCCGGCCCUGGCACUCGCUCAGCCGGCCCCGAGCGCAGCCAGUCCUGACCCUGGCACUCGCUCCGCCGACCCUGAGCACAGCCAGCCCCGGCCCUGGCACUCACUCAGCCGGCCCCGAGCACAGCCAGCUGCGGCCCUGGCACUCACUCAGCCGGCCCCGAGCACAGCCAGCCCCGGCCCUGGCACUCACUCAGCCGGCCCCGAGCACAGCCAGCCCCGACCCUGGCACUAGCUCAGCCGACCCUGAGCACAGCCAGCCGCGGCCCUGGCACUCACUCAGCCGGCCCCGAGCACAGCCGGCCCCUGCCCUGGCACUCGCUCAGCCGACCCCGAGCACAGCCAGCCCCGGACCUGGCACUCGCUCAGCCAGCCCCGAGCACAGCCAGCCCCGGACCUGGCACUCACUCAGCCAGCCCCGAACGCAGCCGGCCGCGGCCCUGGCACUCACUCAGCCGCCAGAGCUGUGCGGGCGGGACGAGAAAGCCCCUGCUGGCUGCCUGGGCAGCGGGCCCUGCCCUGCUGCCAACCUCCCAUGCCCAUCCCUGCCCACCACCAACCUCCCACGCCCAUCCCUGACCACCACCAACCUCCCGCACUCGGCCCUGCUGCCAACAUUCCACGCCCGACCUGUCCACCACAAACCUUCUGUGCCCAGCCCAGCUGCCAAUGCCCUGCACCUGGUCCUGCCUGCCACCAACGUCCCGCGCUCAGCACUGCCCACCACCAACCUCCUGCGCUCAGCCCUGCUGCCAACAUUCCACGCCCGACCUGUCCACCACAAGCCUUCUGUGCCCAGCCCAGCUGCCAAUGCCCUGCACCUGGUCCUGCCUGCCACCAACUUCCCACGCCCGGCCCAGCUGCCAACGUCCCGCGCUCAGCACUGCCCACCACCAACCUCCUGCGCUCAGCCCUGCUGCCAACAUCCCACGCCCGGCCCCACCCACUACCAACUUCCCACACCCAGCCCAGCUGCCAACAUCCCAUGCCUGGCCUUGCCCACCACCAACCUCCCGCGCCCAACCUGUCUGCCACCGCCCACCCACGCCCGGCCUGCCAACCUCCUGUACCCAGCCUGGCCUGCCACCAACCACAUGCACCUGGCACGGUGCAGCCUGGUGCCAACCUCCCGUAUCCAACCUGGCCUGCUGCCACCCACACCCAGCCCAGUGCCAGCCACCUGCACCCGGUCCAACCCACUGCCACCACCCAGCAGGUGGGCAGCAGCCAGCAGUGGCCGUGCAUGA